AUGACCAAUAUUAUUCUUCAAGCUCUGGAAAUAACUGGACAGAGAGGGCGUCAUCAACCGAGCUGGGGUGGCCUUGGUAAUUGCUACUCCUGGUUUCUCACUGGAUUUGAAAAUAUUUCUUUGGUGCAUCAUGGGGUUGCUGGGACAACUGCUGCUGGUCUGAAAGCUGCGUGUCCAACCACAAUUGUACCAUUCUUUGGGGACCAGCCAUUUUGGGGGCAGAGGGUGCAUGCCAUAGGAGUAGGUCCUGCACCCAUUCCAGCUUAUACACCUCAAGAGCAUAAUCAUAUGCUGUUCAGAUACCCAUCUUCUUCAACACUCUGCAGAGUAAGAUAA